CGGGGAAGAAAGAGAUUACAAGUGGGGUCAGAGGAUGCCCCAGUAUUAGGUAACAAGAGGGAGUGGUCAGGGGCAGAUGACACCAAGGGGCGCCCUUCCCUGUUGGCCUGGAACAGCUUGUACAGACUUUAUUCUAGUUAGUGCCAAAAUAAAAUAAGAUAAAAUAUAUUAUUAGAUUAGAUGCUAAAUCCCCCCAUUUAAUUCUAUAAUCAGAGUCUAUAAUGAGAGUAACAUACUACAAUUAACAAUUUGAUUUACUAUAAACAUAAAUGUAAUAUUCAUAUAGUUUAUAAAGACUAAACAGGCAAGUCUAUUUGCCUCAGUGAUUUUCCCACAGCUUCGUACACAUCUGGAAUUCAUCUACUGAAGGCACAUUCCUUCCACCUUCACAGUUUCCACAUUUUCAUAUUCAUCUUGUUAUUCUUCCCAGCCUUGUAUAUCAAACCCCAGUCUCCAUUACGCUUUUCCACUCCCACGUACUGGGGCAGCAUUUUUGGGAUCUCAGGCAGAGUGACAUCACAAGCCAAGCUGAUAUAAGAGACAUACAAGGGGGUAAGACUUCGAGAGUCCACAUAGGCCCCACCAGAAACGAAUAAAGACGGGACCUGCGAGUAGGAAGAAAGUGAUUUUAGGAAGAGAAGAAGAAAGGAACCAAAGGAUCCAAGAACCGUAGCAAGAUGUCUCAAUUCCCUACUCUGCUGCUGCUGCUUCUUCUUCCCUUUCAUAUUUCCACUGCAGGUACCACAGCACCUCCCAAUCAUGGAAGGAAGAACAUAGAACUAAAGGGCAGAGGGAUGGACAUAAUUACUGUCACAACUGUUGGUAUUAGUCAGUCUACUCUAUCACUAAACCCAAAUAACACAUGGAGAGAAAGAAGUGCCAUUGAACAUAUCCAGUCUAUAAAUGGUGGGAUGGAUGUGGAAUACUAUGAUGAUAAAGAUGAUAAUGAUAGCGAAGCAAAGGUGAUUCUGCCUCCCUCAUCUGAUUAUCUCAAGCCCUGCGACUAUGAUCGCUGCAAACACCUGGAGGUUCCUUGUAACGAGACACAAAAAGCUGGAGGAUUCCAUUGUCUGUGCCCUGGAGUAGAUGGACCUUCAGUCCCACCAGAUCCACCACGCCUAAUGCAAUCAGUUCCUGAGGAAAGUGGAGUCAGUUUGAGGUGGUGUUCUCCCCUGUCCACUGUACGUGGCUACAGAGUCCUCCAUGGGACUAGUGGAAACCCUCUGCAGAGUGGACCAGUCCUUAAUUCCACCUAUCGUUUUUACUUCAUAGAAAAACUUUUUCCAGAUACAUCCUACAGAGUGUGUGUAGUAGCCUUUAAUGAGGCUGGAAAGAGCAAGGUCGAUGUUGGAGAAGAUGAAGAAGAAAACUGGGAUUGGGGUAAACCAGGCGCUUGCAGGAUAAUACAUACAACUGUCACAAAGGCAUCCAGGAUAUUAUUAUGGACAGGUGUGACUAUUGCAGUGAUGGCAGGGAUGAUGGGCUUAGCUGCGUUGGGAUAUUGGCUGAGGAGAAGAGGAAGGCGUAAGCACCGGAAGAUUGAAAGAGGAGUAGAAAUGGGAAUUUCCAAUCUAUCCUUUAGAGCAGAGAGUGUGGAGCAGCUAUAACUACUCAUCGCAUACUAUAUGUUUUGUAAAUAUAGAAAUAUUUAUUGGAAUAAAAACUAUUUUUAUAACAACAUUGUUCAUUUUUCCAAUAUGGAUCGUGAGUAGAAGUGUAUUCAACAUGAAGCUUUUAUUUUCAGAAGCAGCGUGGAAGACAAAUAGGACCAUGGCAAGGCUCAAGACAUUUAUGAAUUCUAUUGGAUAAGUCAGGUUGCCACUGUAGGAACUUGAUAUUUAAUCCUUAUUUCUUUAGGAUCACCAAUGGCUCAAUGAUGUCAAACUGGGACAGGAUGAAAUGAUUUAUUCGGGUAUUAAAAACAGAGGGAAAUAAAAUGCAAAGUUUACUUCAAAUCUAGUAAACAAUCAAAUGUUUGCUUUAAAAAAGCAAGUGUAGGAUCUCUUAUGAUUGGCCCACCUAUUGCCAACACCACCCUUAUGAUUAAUUCAACAUAUUGCAACUGGUAAGAUUUACACCAUGGCACCCCCUGGCCUUUGGUCCCCCCACCCCUCCAUAUCAGCCCCCCGUAUGCACACUCCUAACCUUUAAGCUCCAUAGCCGAAAUCAGUGCUCUCCAACUGGUGGCCGCGGCCCUCUCCUGUGGGGCCCUCCACACUGUGGCUGCUUUGAUUGCUUUAUGCAAGCUUUAAAUUGUAUCAGAACUAGGGAUGCACCAAAUCCACUUUUUUGGAUACAGCUGAGCCCCCGAAUCCUUUGCAAAAGAUUCGGCCGAAUACU